UUAAGAAUUGGGAUACCAGACUACACCACCCCUUGGAUCCAACGUCGUCGUCGCGCGAUAAGUUUCUACUCAAAAAACUUUAGCAAAAUGUUCUCUCAGAUCCUCUUUGUCUGCUUGGCCGCUGCGGUUUUGUUUAAUUGCAAUGAAGCGGCCGCUCCCAAACCACCCGAUUUUGGCAGUCGCUACCACGCCACUGGCUUUGUGCAACUGCCUUAUGCUGAGCUCAAUGAGCCUUUUGAGAUCUACUUUGAUGGGAAGAAUGGAAUGGGAAGGAUAGACUUUUACGGCGGCAUGGAUCAGGCAUUCUACAACGGCAGCAUGAAGCCCUAUGGCGUUGCCUACGAGGUUUAUCCGUGGGUGAAAACUAAGACCAGCAUCGUACCAGUUAUGCAUUGCUCCACAAUGCCUGGGGAGAAAGGCAGUCCUGUCAUGCCACAAAGCAUGCUGCCAGACCUCACAAACUUUAAGAUGGAUGGUCAGGAACUUAUCGACGGACGGAUGACGGAUGUAUGGAUGAAUGUCACCAACGUCGGCACUGCCAAGGUUAAUAAGUACAUGUUCUACGUGUCGCGGGGUUCAAACGUCGUGCCUGUCCGCUACGAGAUGAUGGGGUUGGACACUCUGCUGGGCUCGCAUUACGACAAGUACGUCAUUGAGUACACCAUGUUUGACAACACCACUGUCUUCAAACAGAGCGUGUUUACUCCUCCGACAGAGUGCAGCAAGACCUUAGCUUACGGUUCGGAGAAUCACAUCCGGGUCAACCCAUACCAGGAGCUGUUCAACCCAGAGCUGGGAGACCGCUAUCAUGAGAUGUUCAAUGAGUACAAGGCCGAACACGGCAAGGUGUAUGUCGAUGAUGCAGAGCAUGAGAAGAGAAAGGUCCAGUUUACCCACAAUGUCAGACUUAUCCAUGGCAACAACCGUCAGGGUCUUAGCUACAGCCUGGCCGUAAACCACCUCGCAGAUCGCUUCGACGAUGAGCUGCGCAUGAUGCGCGGCCGACGCCCCUCAAAGGGACCCGUAGGCGGGGCGCCCUUCACCAUGGAAGAUUUCAAGAUCAUGGAUCCCCCGACGUCAUUGGACUGGCGACUGAGUGGAGCUGUAUCGCAGGUCAAGGACCAGGCUAUCUGUGGCUCGUGCUGGAGUUUUGGAGCUGCCGAGGCUAUAGAGGGCGCUUACUUCAUGAAGAACAAGAAAAUGGUGCGAUUCUCCCAGCAGAACCUGAUGGACUGCUCCUGGGGCUAUGGGAAUGACGCAUGCAAUGGCGGGGACGAGACCCUGGCUUACCAGUGGGUCAUCGACCACAAGGGAUUGAUGACUGAAGAAGCUUACGGACCGUACCUAGGCCAGGACGGAAAAUGCCACUUCAAUGCAAGCAAUGUCGGCGUGAAGAUAGCAAACUUCACACAGGUGAAGUCUGGUAACCUGACUGCUCUCAAGAUGGCCCUGGUCAAUGUCGGUCCUGUUGCCGUGGGGAUAGAUGCAGCUCUGAAGACGUUCUCGUUCUAUGCCUCCGGCGUAUACUACGACAAAGCCUGUGGAAACAAGCCUGACGACCUGGACCAUGCCGUCUUGGCCGUAGGCUACGGUACUAUGAUGGUCAAUAAAACAGAGACUCCGUACUGGAUCGUCAAGAACUCCUGGUCUACGUACUGGGGUAACAACGGCUACGUCCUGAUGAGCCAGAAGGACAACAACUGCGGCGUGGCUACGGCUGCGACUUACGUCACACUGCCCACGAAAUAAAACCGCAGCGUAAAGUUGGCGUGCAUUUCGAACUCAAUGCUAUGGGAAAAUCAAUGUCGGUAAUUUUAUGAAAUUAAAAAGAAAUUUAAUCUUUUCAGUACCGUUUGCUUUUUAUGUACAGCUGAUCACUGUAUUCGUUCAAAUAGUGAACACUCAAUCAAUUUGGUUAAGUCGUAAAUUCAAGUCUGUCAUGUGCCAAUGUUUUAUCUCCGGUUUCCGUAACAUGAAACAACUGAGAAUAUUUCUAUUCCCCCUGGAUGGGAUGCCAGUCCAUCGCAG